AUGGCCGCCCCACCAGCGAGUCGAAACGAUUUUGAGAUUGCCAUCAUCUGCGCUCUGGCGCUCGAGUACGAUGCCGUCUACCACCUUGUCGACGAGUUCUGGGACGGGAACUACGGGAGGGCAGCCGGCGACCCCAACGAGUACACGACCGGACGGAUAGGGCCAUUCAAUAUUGUUAUUGUCUUGUUGUCCGGCAUGGGCAAAGCCAAGGCUGCGAGCGCAACCGCCAGCCUUCGGUCUAGCUACCCGAAACUGGAGCUCGUCCUUGUGACGGGAAUCUGCGGCGGCGUCCCAAAGACAGCAUCGGGUAAGGAACUAGUCCUUGGGGAUGUUGUUGUCAGCAACACUGUCGUCCAAUACGACCUGGGGAGACGAUACCCAAACGAGUUCGAACCCAAAGACACUCUCAGUGAUAACCUUGGAAGGCCGGUGAUACAUGUCCAGAACCUCGUUGCAAGGUUGGCGACAAGUCAAGGCCUUCGAUGGCUCGAACAACAAGCACGAUCCCACUUGGAGAAGCUCUGGAGCCAACAAGGAAACGGGGAUGAAGCAGCAGACUACUGGUAUCCUGGAGCCGAAAAUGACCAUCUCUAUCCAAGCUCCUAUCUCCACAAACAUCGCUCCGCAGAGCGCUGUAGGGUGUGCGACGAUAGCCCUCGUGCUGUUUGCAGUGCUAGCCGCAAACUCUCGUGCAGUGAGCUCGGAUGUGAUGUGCGACAGCAUGUCCCCAGACAACGGCUCCAAGACAGCGAGAGGCUUCGAGUGCCUCGAGCCUUCAUCGGUCGCUUUGGAUCAGGAGACACAGUACUAAAAUCCGGAACGGAUCGCGAUAGAAUCGCGAAAGCGCACGAUCUGAUUGCUUUCGAGAUGGAGGGGGCAGGCGCCUGGGAUGAGAUCCCUUGUAUCAUCGUCAAAGGUAUCUGUGACUACGCCGACAGCCACAAGAACAAGAACUGGCAGAAGUUUGCAGCUGCCACGGCCGCGUCAGUCGCAAAGGCGCUUGUGGAGAGGUACCCGCGAACCGACAAGCCUUCCAAUUCGAGGCAACCCAAUGGCCUAGAUCAUGAUCUAUACAAUAAUGAGCCAGCGUCCUACAGUCGCGCUUUAGUUAGAAACACAAAACCGGUCUCAAGUACCAACCUGAGGACCCUCUCUUCGGAUGCAUGUCGCAUUCUCGCUUACGAUCGCAACGAGAACUUUAUUCCCCGUCCCGAUAUCAACUCCAAACUUGACCGGCUAUUGCCAAUCAACUCAGACGAGUUCCACAGUGCAGCACUCUGGGGUCUCGGCGGAUCAGGAAAAACUCAGAUCGCCCUGCAAUACGCCUAUAACCGCUGUCGCGACCCCGAUUGCUCGGUCUUUUGGGUGCACGCGGAUACCGAGGCGACGUUCACGCAAGACUACAAAACAAUUGCCGGUGUUUUAGGACUGGGGAGCCGCUUGGAGGGAAGCGAACUCCUAGAGGCAGUACGACGUAGGAUAGAAUCACAGAAACGAUGGGUCCUUGUCGUGGACAAUGCCGAUGAUCUGGGCCUCUUUGGUGUAAGCCAGGCAUCUGGCAAACAACAGGGGGGUCUAUUGGACUCGAUUCCGAAAGGGCCAAACGGCACGGUACUGUGGACAAGUCGCGACCAGAGAGUUGAUGGAAGUCUUGUAGGCCCGCAGCGAGGUCUUCAAAUCGCCAAGAUGACAGCUAAAGAGUCAAGAAAGUUACUUGAGAAAUGGAGACGUCAAGUGACACCAAGCGAAGAGGUUCGAGAAGUAGAACUCCUACUUGAAGAGCUUCAAUGGCUGCCGUUGGCCAUUUCACAAGCGGGGGCGUAUCUGUACAGAACAGGUAUACCCAUAUCCGAGUACUUGUUCCAGUUGAAGCGAGAGACUGGACGAUGGCGAGUUCUUGGGGAGGACGAAUUUGACAGACACAGAAGGGGCGAUGCCCAGAACAGCGUGCUGAGGACAUGGGCCAUAUCCAUUCGCCGCCUCAAACAAGACAGCCGGACUGCGUAUAGGAUUCUUCACGUCCUCGCGUUUGUCGACAACCAGAACAUUCCGGUGGAACUGCUGGCAGCAGCCGCCGAAUACAGGGAGGAAACUCAACCGGCAGAACCGAGGCAACGAGAGCGGACGCUGAAGAGGGUAGUACGCCGGCUCAAGGACUUGUCAUUCAGAUCCAGUUCGCCUAGCCCGGGGGAACAGGUGAAGAGCGAGGAUCCUGAUGAUCCUGAUGAGUUGGGACGGGCUGUGCGCCGACUCAGAGACUUCUCAUUCAUGACAGAGCACCGGGGUGAAGGCAACAGGCGGACGUUUGAGAUGCACAAGCUUGUGCAGGACGCUGCCCGAUACGGCCUCAAGACGCAGCAAUCCCCGGGUCAAGAUGAAAGAUACUUUGCCAAAGUUGCGCUGCGCGUUGUGGAUAGUGUCUAUCCUCAAUACACAUGGCACAAUAAUAAGACGCAGGGCGAUUGCGAGAGAUACCUGGCACAUGCACUACGAGUAUGUGACUGGGCUGAGAUUCAUGGAAUGGAAAAGAAGGCGUAUUAUCUUCAGGUUCGGAUUUGCAGCUUUCUCCACUUGCGGGGUCGAUUUCAGGAGCUACGGCUUGCAAGAGGAACCGAGCUGCGUCUAGCACAAACCGCCUUUGGGAAGAAGCAUAGGAAGUCGAUUGGUGUCAUGCUGGACCUUGGGUGGGAAUUGAGUUAUCUGGACCAACUGCAAGGGGCUGAAGAUUGCGCCAACAAAGCAAUGACGCUGGCGCAAGAGACAGUGGGCGACAAGGAUAAACUCACGCUCGAAUGUAAACGUCUCGUCGCGGAACUUGUCUCGAAACAAGGCCGGGCCGAACAGACGAAGCAGUUGCUCACGGAAAUAUUGGACGACGCACGACAAUUCUUAGACGAGGAUCAUCACUUCAUCCUCAGCUGUAUGGACGAAUUGGCCGCCGCUUACCUGGACCUGCGGGAGUAUGAUGAGGCUGGUGAGCUCCUUCCUCGGCUACUGAAGCUGCGUCAGGACAAAUACGGCCAGAGCCACCCCGACACGUUAAAAGUCCUCAGUCGUCUCGGCAAUCUACAUUACGGCCAAGGGCAGUAUAACGAAACAGUCAAAGUGCAAUCUGCCCUGUUGGUCCUGUAUCGCCAGUCACUUGGCAACGAACAUCCAGAUACCCUAACGAUCAUGUUCAACCUGGCCGACUCACAGAGACGUCAAGGGCAGAAAGAGGAGGCUGUCGAACUGAUGCAAGAGUGUUCACGCUUGCAUCAUAAAGUUUUGGGAGCAGACCAUCGAUACACGAAAGAUACUGAUAAAAUGCUUGAGGAAUGGGAACAUGAAGAUAUAAGGCUAAACUCGUAA